GCCGAGGGAGAGUACACGCGGCGGUGUCGUUAACGGCUCUCUCUCUCUUUCGCUUUCUCUGCGUGCGGGACGACUGGGAUAUCUCGCGGCUACGCCACGGCGGCGACAAUGCCGUCUCAACGGAGAUGCCCCCGGGCGAGUGUCGCCGCGUCCCGAUGAGCGGCGCGGGGAAGCGUCUGCGUCGCCACAGCUGCGUGCGAUCUCGCGGCGGAAGAUGCUGAGGCUGCCCGACGGCUCUUGACGCGACGGGAUCGGCGGCGAGGCAGCCGGCGGCCGCUGGAAAAUGACCGCCGGUCGGCGGCUGGUGCGCGCCUUCUGCGCGCUUCUCUGCUGCCUGUCGCUGCGGCCGGAUUACGCGCGCUCGACCCACAUCACCGGCACGUUCGACACGCGCGAGUUCUUCCGGUUCCUCAUAAAGUUCGGCUUCCAGAAGACCGACCGCCACCGGCAGCGGGACUCGUACGGCUACAUAUUCGGCAACGUCACCGCGCGCACCGAGUUCGACGUGCCGAUCACCCUGGCGAUCCUCGACCGCGGCCACUUCCUCGAGUAUUACGGCAACCGCACGCUCGCGGACAAGAGCGCCGCGUGCGCCUACAUGUUCAACACGCUGAAGAAGAGUUCCUACGACCCGGACUGCAACGAGGAAGGCCAGGACUUUUUGAGGCGGGUACCGUGUCCUCGCGACAAGCUCUGCCCGGACGAGGACUCGGUGUGGAAUAUCGUCAAGGGGCACCAGUUCACGUACGUCAUACAGGACUUCUGGCAGCCGCGUUUCUGGUACAUGAGCCUGGUGGCGUGCUACAGGAACAGGACGACCUGCCAGUGGGAGUAUUACAGCAGGCACGACGAGCUGGAGUACGACAUCUGGCUGGUGAACGGCAAUCCGAACGUCAGCGGCCUAAACAGCCUGACUUAUCAGUUCUCCUACGACCGGCAGAACACCAUCGAGCUCUACCUGCUGUUCUUCGUGUGCUACAUCAUACUGGUGCCGCUGCAGUUGUACGCAGUGAGACUGCAGAAACACCCAGUGACGAGGUUGUUCACCGCUAGUCUGUUGUUGGAAUUCGUGGCGGUGUGUCUCAUCCUGAUACACGUGUUGAAAUUCGCACUGGACGGAGUAGGAUACGAACAAUUGGAGGUCGCGGGUGAUAUUUUUGAUAUCCUGUCACGGACGUCCUUUAUGUUACUAUUGCUCCUGCUUGCCAAAGGAUGGGCGGUAACAAGAAUGGAAUUAACAUGGAAGCCACUGGUAUUCGCUAUAUGGUUUUGUUACGGGGUUGUUCACAUCUUAUUAUAUGUAUGGAAUAUGACAGAAGUUGAUAUCAUCGAGGACAUAGAUGAGUAUCAAACUUGGCCAGGAUGGUUUAUAUUGUUAUUCCGAAGUGCCAUAAUGGUAUGGUUUCUGUAUGAACUUCGAAACACCAUGACAUACGAGCAUAAUACUCAAAAGUUGAACUUUCUCCUUCAUUUCGGCGCGUCGUCAUUGGUUUGGUUCAUAUAUUUACCCAUUAUAGCACUUAUAGCGCUUCAAAUAAGCGCACUGUGGAGGUUUAAGCUGUUAUUAGGUAUAACGUACUCGGCGGACUGUUUCGCUUAUUGCGUAAUGGCACAUUUAUUAUGGCCCACCAGAAGUGAACAAUAUUUUUUACUCGCGCAAGGCGCGGACAAUGGUGACGAACUCGAUGAAUUCAACGAAGCGCCGCAUGUAUUAAAUAAUUAUGUAGAGCCGCCGGAACUCGGUAAAAUAAUUACUUAAUACUCGUCCAUUGGAAGUAUGAUAUUAAAUUGACGACAUUUUUAAUUACAAGUGAUGUGAUGUACAUUUGCCAAAUGGUCAAGCUAAUAGGACGGAUAAUACUCUAAUAUGUGCUAACGAACUGAAAUAUUGUGCACAUACCACAGUUAGAGAUAUCAAUUGUCAAAUUCGGUCAUGUGAUAUGAGAUCGGUAGACAACGGAAGUAAACGAGUAUGAUAUGAGUAUGUGCUAUGAACAAACAGGAUUGUCGAUUUCAUAUGUACUAGGUGUCCGGAAAUUCGAGGAUAAUAAGAUUGCAGCACGAGAGUUCGUGAAAAAUUAAGUAGUAAAGAUGCAUGUAAUUUUUUUAAAAAUAAAGUAGUACUUUAAGAGUUUAAAAUCUAACCAGUCGUAUGCGUUGGUCAACGAGUCAUUCGUCCGUGCGUGGAAUGGUAUUGGACGUCGUUCACACACGUUCGCGAUCACAGAUUACUCUUUAACUAACGAUGAUUAAUUAUAUUGUAAACGUUUAAACUCUUAUACUUAAAAUAUUGCUGGUUUUUUUAGUAGAAUGCACCUUCACUACUUUAAUUUUUUAUAAAUUGUUACGCUGUAAUCUUUUCCUCGAAUUUCGAGACAUCUUGUAGAUUAAUAAUCAACAGUAUUUAAUUACCAGUAAUUUUAUAUCCACAAAGUUAAGAACUAAGUAUUUAUCCAUUCGAAGGAUGAUAUGCGUUUUAAUAUUCUUGGUGUAAGUUCUUGCAUAUUACUUAUUAAGAUAGCAUUGGUCAACUGGUAUGAUUGUACACUUUAGAGGACAUAAAAAUUAAUUAUAUAUUAAUACACAAUUUCUAAAAUCAUUUUCCAAACUACUUACUCAUAUCAUGUUCAUGUUCAACUUGAGUUUAAAAUAAUGUUGAUUUUUGCUGUUUUUCUAAUUAUUUUAUACAUUUUGAUUUUAUCAGACAAUAUCCUUGAAACCUUGACAUAUUGUAUCUGUGCAAAGAAUAUCUCACAACAACAGCAUACUUUUUUUUGAAGCUAUCGUUUAAUUCGUCAUUACAUCUUGUAAUUAUUCCACGUUUAUUACUCCAAGAAUAUUACAAUGUGCGCUUGAAUAAGAAUGGUGGAAAUAAAACUACGUAUAACUUUCAUAACACACAAUUUGAAUUCUAGUUGAGUGGUUUAAAAGUUACGUAUGUGAUGUGUGUGUAAAUAAGUCAUGCUGAUUUAUCAAUAGCAGACUUUUAACAAGAAAUACGGGAUGUUUUAAAAUUACCAGACGUUCUUUUGACUAUAGAUUCUUUGACCAAUUCGUAUCAGGACACUAGCUUUUGAGCAAUUAGCGAUUGAAAAAAAAAGAAAUAGAACUUUUCUCCGGUUUAUUUUCAUUAAAUAUAAAAAAAAUGAAAGUUGAUUACAAAAGUAUACAGUGUUAGAAAAUUAAAAGGAUAAGAUUGUUGAACUCCCUCAACGGCUAAGGAAAUAUUUACAACUUGCGCAAAGAAGCUAUGAUUAAAAAAAAGUAUUUUUUAUACGUUUUGCAUAAGAACAUUUUCAUAUAUUUUCUUUUUCCUAAUUUCAUAGGAAGAUUCAAUCUUUUCAAGUGUAUAAUCUUAAAUUGUCAUCGGUUUGUUAUUAGAUAGGCAGCGUGUAUUAUGAGUAACAAUCACGUACACACGAACACAGAAAGUGAAAGAGCACUUGUAUAACAUUCUUCCGAUUUUAUUCAAGUAAGUUCACACAUGUUGGUUGCACAUUGUUGAAUAAAUAUAAAUACUUUAUAUGAAAACGAUUGAGACAUGAUCUGACACAUACGAGUUUACGCUAGCUGUAAGCGCGUGUUUUCCUGUCAUACUACUAUUAUUGCUCAAACUUGUGUAACUUAGGUAAUAUGAUUGUGUAUACUCUCUUGAGAAUAUUUUAAUGCUCAUUGUCAGCGUAUAUGUAUAUCUCGCGGGAUCGGUAAACCUUUAUAUUACAUUUCUAAUGUCCGCACUAAGAUGAAAGCAAUUUAAUAUAAUGUGUUUUUUUUUAUUUACUCUGUUACUAAGUAUGCUCGUUAUAUUUAGAAUUUUAAGCAGUUUUUUGUGUGAAGAGCACAUUUUUAGAUAUACGUUACGCAAAUUAUGUUUUUUGUGAAUAUCAGUGUGUCUAAUACGUACAUAAUUUAUUUCCAAAAGUAUAUGCGUAUCUUCAAACACGUUUUGAGAUGCUUUUGUAGAUAAACGGAGGAAAUAGCGUUAUAUAAAUAGCGAAUAUUUUAGUAUAAUCAACUUGUUAUAUCACGUCAUUACGAUCCAGGAAAGAUAUUUAAUCGAUCUUUUUUGCCAGGAUAGAUAAUGUAUCACUUGAUAAAUAAUAAUUGUUUUAUAUACCUAA